AUGGGUUCCCUGGCCACCCCUGCAGGCCUCUCAGAAGGGGUGGUGCGUGCAAAUGCCAGCGACAACUUCAUCGCAGCCUUGACGCUGCUACGAGCCCCCAUGACCGCCCGCCUCGGCUGCUUCAGGAGCCUCCGAGCUGGUCUCCGGCUCCCUCUGCCCAGCCCACUCUCCACUCUGCAACCAAGCUCUGCAUCCCAGGAGACCGACACCUACAGACUGCAGCACGCAGCAGCCUUGAUCCCUGGCAUCCUGCCAGGCAGUAGCGAGGGUGGCCCUUUAUAUUUGCGCCCUGGGCGGCAGGCCCCCCUCGGCGGGGCGGGGCGGCGGGGCGGGGACCCCCCAUCUCCAUCCCCGCCGUCCCUGGGGCCGGCUCCCGGUCUGAGCCCGCCGGGCCCCACCUUCCUCCGCGCUCCUUCUCCUCCUCCUCCGCCACCUGCUUCUCGCCCUCCUCGGUCCCGCCCAGCGCGCUGGCAGCCGGCUCCCCGGGGCUGGAAGAGAGGGGGCGAAGGAAGCCACACGAAGGGCGGGGCGGCGGGAGGAGGGGACCCGGGCUGGCGAGGACGGCGGCGGCGGCGGGCGCGGGCGGGCGGGCGCGGCGCGGGCAUGGACGCCGAGUACCCGGCCUUCGAGCCCCCGCUCUGCAGCGAGCUCAAGCACCUGUGCAAGCGGCUCCAGGAGGCGUACCGGGAGCUGAAGGAGGACCUCACGCCUUUCAAAGAUGACCGCUACUACAGGCUGGCGCCCAUGCGGCUGUACACGCUCUCCAAGCGCCACUUUGUCCUCGUGUUCGUCGUCUUCUUCGUCUGUUUCGGCCUGACCGUGUUCGUCGGGAUCAGAGGGCCCAAAGUGAUCCAGACUUCUGCAGCUAAUUUUUCACUAAAUAAUAGCAAAAAGCUAAAGCCAAUUCAAAUGCUUUCCAAUCCACUGUCUACAUAUAAUCAGCAACUGUGGCUGACAUGUGUUGUCGAGCUGGAUCAAUCAAAAGAAACGUCUAUUCAGACGAGCUUCCCCAUGACCGUUAAAGUCGACGGCGUGGCUCAGGACGGAACCACCGUGUUCGUUCACAACAAGGUUCACAAUCGGACCAGGACCCUCACGUGUGCAGAGAAAUGUGCGGAAAUUAUCGUGGCUCACCUCGGCUACCUGAAUUACACCCAGUAUACGGUGCUUGUGGUGGAACACCUGAAGCUGCCCAUCAAGGACGUGAAUUUCACCUGGAAGACUUAUGACCCUGCGUUUUCGCAGUUGGAAAUUUGGUUCCGAUUCGUCUUCGUGGUGCUUACCUUCGUUGUCACUUGCCUGUUCGCCCACUCCCUCCGGAAGUUUUCCAUGCGAGACUGGGGCAUCGAGCAGAAGUGGAUGUCCAUCCUGCUGCCUCUGCUGCUGCUUUACAAUGACCCCUUCUUCCCGCUGUCCUUCCUGGUGAACAGCUGGUUCCCGGGGAUGCUGGACGACCUCUUCCAGUCUGUGUUCCUGUGCGCCCUGCUGCUCUUCUGGCUGUGCGUGUACCACGGGAUCCGGGUGCAGGGAGAAAGGAAAUGUUUGACUUUCUAUGUGCCCAAAUUCUUCAUUGUUGGACUGUUGUGGUUGGCCUCCGUUACGCUCGGGAUAUGGCAGACAGUUAAUGAAUUGCACGAUCCAAUGUACCAAUAUCGAGUUGACACAGGAAAUUUUCAGGGAAUGAAGGUUUUCUUCAUGGUGGUGGCCGCCGUGUACAUCCUAUACCUUCUGUUCCUGGUGGUGCGGGCCUGCUCCGAGCUGCGGCACAUGCCUUAUGUAGAUCUCAGGUUAAAAUUUUUGACUGCAUUGACUUUUGUAGUGCUUGUUAUUAGCAUCGUCAUCCUUUAUUUAAGGUUCGGGGCACAAGUAUUACAGGACAAUUUUGUAGCUGAACUGUCAACUCACUACCAGAAUUCAGCCGAGUUCUUAUCUUUCUAUGGCUUGUUGAACUUUUACCUCUACACCCUGGCCUUUGUGUACUCGCCCUCGAAGAACGCCCUGUACGAGUCUCAGCUGAAGGACAACCCCGCGUUCUCCAUGCUCAAUGACUCGGACGACGAGGUCAUCUACGGGAGCGACUAUGAAGAGAUGCCCCUGCAGAACGGCCAGGCCAUUCGGGCCCAGUACAAGGAGGGAUCCGAGAGUGACUGAGCCCCAAGGCCGCCUGCCCCACGGUGACCGCUUCCGGUCUCCCUGGACCUGCCUGUGCGCAGACCUGUCCUACGAGCAGAUUUCCUGGUCCUUCUUUGUUUACAUAUUUUUGAAAGGAAAACCAAAACCGAGGACAGAUUGGAACAUGGGGCCAAAAUGUACUGUUAGACCAGCUGCAUUUAAACAGUCAACUCACUCGUCCAAGAUUUCAGAUUCGAGCUAGCAAUUUUCAGUGAUGAGAAAGAAAUCCCUCCUAUCUUUAGUAGGGCGAAUUAUGUACUUUACAAGAAGUGACUAAUUCCAAGUUCCUGGAAAGCCCUUAUGCGUAAGGCCCACAGCCGGCUGGCAUUCCUCUCCUCCCUUCCUUCCGGCCACCACGGUGUGGGGUUUUGACCCUUUCACCUCCAAGGGCAGCCUGUUUCUGUGGCUGCCCCACGAGGGCGGUCCUCCCCCACUGAGAGGCCUGGAUGACCACGUGUCUCAGGUGAUGGGUGACUCGUGUCGUUGCUGUGUGAAAUGUGUGGGCACAUGACGGCUCUUUAGGGCAGGGAGGUGGGUGGGCAGGUUCCAGCCCCUCACCGCCACCCGAGCAGAGCUGGUGUCUUGGAGUUCUGAGGCCGCUUCCAUCAGGCUCAUGAAGAAGAAGUCAGAUGAUUGACGGCUUGUCAGCUCCAGUGGGAAGAGUCUUGUGCCAGAGUUCUCCAUGGGCCUGCGUGUGCCCGUGUGUAAUGCAUGUGAGCGAUGCAUACAUGAGUGUGAAAGGCGUCCCUGUGCCGGGGGAAGGGAGGAGGGAAGUCACUACAAGUCCAGAGAGCAGUAGUUUCUGCGACUCUGUUAAAUAGGAUACUCAGUAGAGCUUUUUUUUUUUUUUAAUAAAAGCUAAACAAGUGAUUGCUGUAACACUACAGAUUCAUUAUUGCCAAAAAAGGUUCCAGCUUCACAUUUGGAAGCCAGAGGAAAGAAAGGCAGACGUUUCAGGUGGCUCACAGAGGAACAUCUUCAGGGCGAAGGUACCUUGUCGAGAACCAUCCCGCCUGGCCGGCUCUCGUGGUCAGGUGAACAGACCUGCUCUGGGUAAGUCCUCUGGAGUUGCUGAGCCUGUGGCCUCGUCGAAGGGCCUGGAGAGGUCCGUCCUCUUAGCUGAGGACUCAGGUAGAAGUCCCACAUGGUCUCCUUUGCUUUGCUUUCUUUUGACGGUAACUUCUCUCGACCUGUUCACCCGCGAUCUCUGUGGACGUCCUGAUGGACGCCAUCCGGGCAGACGGAGAGGUGACGGGUCCGCGCUGCAUCAGCACCUCCGUUCGGCUCCUCUCUGCACGAACUCUCCAGUUACACUCACAGCUACAGUCCACUGGAGGUGGUGCGGGACCCUCGAGAGGUUCGUGAGACUGUUCACGACGACUUCGUAUCUCUAAUUUAAACUUUAAUGAUAAUGUCCCUUUAAUAAGGAUUCCAUUUGUAUUUGUUUUUAAAACCUUGUAAAUAAGAAUGUUUGAACUAAAACGUUGUGUUAUUGCAAGGGUAGUUCGAGUUUACAUGGGUUUUACAUUGGCAAUGAUGUGAUCACUUUUUUUGAUUCUGUGUAUUCAGAGGUAUUGAAAACAAUUUCCUGUUACUAAAUUUUACAACUUCUAUUAAGUCUAACUAUAAAUAAUUUUAUGUAAAUUGAUGAAAACUUGAGCUGAUUAAUGUAUUCUGGUAUGAUGUUUAUGAGUUUUAAUCAUUGUAAUUGUCCAUAAUUUGGAAUGCUGUUAUUUAUCAGUAAGUGUAGAAUAUCCGAGGCAUUUAGCUGCACACGUUAGGUGUUUUAGCACUUGUCCUUGUCCUGUAGUACAAUUAUUAACUGACUGAUGUCUUCGUGUGUUGAUUCUUGGCCACAAGUCAAUGAAAUUAGAAAUAUGGGCGUAUUUAUUUACUUUUUAUAACUAAGUUGGAAAUAAGGAAAAAUUACAAAAGAAAGCACAUACGAGGAAAUGGUUAUUAAAUCAUGCAUUUUUAA